UCUAAUCGCAACACGAUGCGAGGCAGUUCACCGGCAGCCAUGCGCACGAUAUAUUGUGUACUUUUUCUCUCUUUUCUAACCGCGGUCACUAGUCGCGUCCAGACGGUAGAUGGGCGGCUGAAGGUGCAAAUAGGCGGGACCGCGGGCUGUCCCCACGUCGCGAGAUAUAUCCGGGAGAGUGUCACCCCGGUGUUUGCCAAGUAUGGAAGGUUCUUGGAUAUCGAGUUCGUGCCGUGGGGCAAGACUCGCAGGGUCGAAGGUAGACUGGAAUGCCAAUUUGGAGCGACAGACUGCUGGGCCAAUCGCCUCCACCGAUGUGCUCUCGACUUCCUAAAAUCCAAUCAGACGGCUGCGAUGUCGUACUUGAAUUGCGAAUUCACUGAACCCCGGCCUGGGUUCACCGGCAGUUACCACUGCGCCGUGCGGGCAGGAUUGAGGCUGGUAGAUGUCGACAAUUGCAUGGCUACUUCGAAAGGAGACGCGCUGGAAUUGCCCGCGGAAGCCGCCGCCGCCGAGCCGAUCGCGACUUUCAACUCGAUACCCUACACGGUCAUCAACGGGCUUAUCGACAGGGCUGUCACCCAGCAGAGCUCAAGGCGCCUGGAGAGCGUCAUUUGUUUCGCCCUCGCGGACGAUCCUACCACCGGGGUCGUAGCUUGCAAAAUAUAACUUGUCAAAUAAAUCUUAGUACAUAACGA